UUGUUGGGUGAGAUUGUGAAAAACAAAGUCUAUUUUUUUCCUUUUUUAAUGCCCUUUAGUAGGGUUAGAGGUCAUAGUUCUAUCUAGAUUGGCCCCCACCAACGCGCCACUUUUGCCCUUUCUCUCUCCUCCUCUCAGACUGAUCUUUUUGAAGAAUCUGAAUCCCUAACAAGCGACGUCGGUCCUUUCUUUACCACCACGAAUCUGUUCUCGUUUCUCUCUGAAUAUCGAAACUAUCUUCUCUUGCUGUUUCAGUAUCGUAUUAGUACACCUUUAUUCUUUCUGAUUGUUCCACUGAUUAAUUUUCCCGAGAAAGUAGGGAUUUUUCUGACGUGGGUUGUUUUCCGUUUCUUCAGAAAUCGAUCUAUUGAAGGAAAAGAAUCGAUUUUGGAUUUUGGGUUUGUCAAAUUCUGGGUUUUUGCAAUUGGGUUUUGGUUGGUCAUCAAUUUCAGCUACAAAGAAACUUUAUUCCUCAACUGGGUCGGCUUGGGGAUCUUGAGAACUCACACAUUUCUCAAGAGAACAACUGGUUUUGGCGUUUUAGUUUGUGAAAAUCUGGGACUAUCCGAGUGGGUUUUGAUCUCUGAGUUAAAAACAAGUUGGUUUUCCUCUUGGAGGUCUGGAUCAUGGGGGUUUUAGGUGAAUAAUUGGUUCUUCUGGUUGGAGUUUGUGUUGAAUCUAGAGAGAGAGAGAGUUAGAGAAAAGAUGAAGAGAGGGAAAGAUGAUGAGAAGAUUUUGGGACCUAUGUUCCCGAGGCUUCAUGUUAAUGAUACAGAGAAAGGAGGCCCAAGAGCACCACCAAGGAACAAGAUGGCUCUUUAUGAACAGCUUAGUGUACCUUGUCAGAGGUUCAAUCCUGGGUUGUUGCCUCUUAACUCCACUAAAACUUCCAAUUUGGUCCCUCCAGCAUCAUCGAGCCAGGGAAGUGACCGUGAAAAGGGUAUGUUUUUUUCACUUCACCUACAUCCUUCUACAAAUCCAGCUGAGAAGACACAUGCUAACUUUACUGAUUUGAACACACCAGCGGUACAACGUGAGCCUGAAAAGAAGCUAGAUGAAGAGGAUUUUAGGGUUCCCAUCUUUCUUCACUCAGGGAUGGGUCACAAUCAUAAUAAACAUAGCAGCAGCAUUGAUAAAGAGCCAAAACGAGCAAGCAUUACAGGUUUCAAAUUGAGACAACAAGGCAGAAACCAGAGUGAUGAGAGCUCAAAAGACAUUGUGGCAGCUAGGGAACAAGCAGUUAAAUCUGCUUCAAAUCUUUCAGCCAACAAAAAGACUGAUGAUCUAUUGAAGCAAACUAUCACACGUUCAAUUCAGGAGUGUAAAAAACAACCUGAAUAUAAUUUUACCAAAAUACAGAAAACUGAUGCUAGUUUACAGCAGUUGUACAGAGCCGGGUCACAGCCAGGCAACAUUGCAUGCAGUGACGGCAAUUUGAAUCAGCCUUUGAGGGGCACAGAGAAUGGAACUUCUUCCAUCUCAGGGAGAGAUCUUUGUCCAGAAGAGCAGAGAAGCCCUUAUAAUAAUAUUAAUGAUGGUGAAAAUCUUGAAGAGAGGACAUAUGGGCCAUUACAGACAGAAAAUGUGGACAGAAGUGAUGAUAUUUCUGAGACUUCUAUGGUGGAUUCUGUAUCUGGCUUUGAUAUAUCUCCUGAUGAUGUUGUAGGAAUAAUUGGUCGAAAACAUUUUUGGAAAGCCAGAAGGGCAAUUGUCAAUCAACAAAGAGUGUUUGCGGUUCAAGUGUUUGAGUUGCAUAGAUUGAUAAAGGUCCAAAAAUUGAUUGCUGGAUCACCACAUCUUUUAGUUGAAGAUGAUGCCUUUUUGGGUAGACCUUUAAAGAGCUCUCCUGCAAAGAAACUUCCUUUGAAUUAUAUUGUAAAACCGCCUCUGAAUGUCGUCAAGCACAAAGAUGAGGUAGAGAAGCCAAAUCACAAGAUGGAAUGCUCUGCUGAGAAUGCAGUUGGGAAAACAUCUCUUUCUUCUGUUCAAAAUGUUUGUCGGCCUUCAAAUAACAGUUCAGUUUCAGGAAACAUGCCACCAACACCUUUAACUACCAAAACUAAAAUGGGUCCUUUGUCUUUCCAUCAGCCUGUGGGGCAUCAAUGGCUGAUCCCGGUGUUGUCUCCUUCGGAAGGUCUAAUAUACAAGCCAUAUCCUAGACCGGCAUUCAUGGGCCUGGCUUGUGGAGAUUGUGGACCUCAUGGAUCAACUCCAUUGAUGGGUAACAACUUAAAUCCAUCAUGCGGUGUUCCAGCUUCGCAUCAUCACUAUCAAGGAUUUGGGUUUCCCUCUGGUGGGCAUAAUUAUUUCCCUCCCUAUGGCAUGUCAGUUAUGAAUCCAACUAUUUCAGACUCAGCUGUCGAACAAAUGAACCACUUUGCUGGUUCACAUGGUCAUUCUGGUCAGUUGUUGGGAGCGGAAGCCAACUUUAACGUGCAACAUCAAAGCUCAAGUAAUGUCCCGCAUUAUGACGAGUUACAAGGCAGUACAGCAAGUAGUCCCGGUGAGAGAGAACCAAUUAGAGCAGGCCACACUAUAGAAGAAAGAAAUGUGCUCCCUUUCUUGCCUACGACCCCAGACAUUCACCAACCUGAGGGAGCCUUUCAGCCUCGUGAAACUCAUCAGCCGACACGAGUUAUCAAAGUCGUGCCUCAUAAUGCUAGAUCUGCGACAGAAUCAGCAGCUCGGAUUUUCCAGUCCAUACAAGAAGAGAGAAAACAGCACUAGGUUCAGCACAUGUUAUGCGACAACUACAGACCGGUAAGAUCAUGAGCUCACCCCAAAUUGGUUUAUUGCUUGCUCAUUCUCUUUGUACUUUUGUUAUACUUUUGCAACUGGCUUCCUAGUUCCUCCUUAUCAUGGGUGCCAUAUAUAUAUGUAUGUACAUAUAUACAUAUAUUUCUCUCCGAAGAGUAUAUCAAAACAUUGUUGUAUCGGUGUUGUAUCAUUAUACAUUACAUCAAAUCAGGGUUGUGUCGCGGUCUCACAGUUUUUAUAUCAAAUCAGUGUUGGCUCUUGGUUUGUGGCA